AUGGCAGCUACAGGAGCCACAGCAUUUACAGGAGAUACAGGAGCCACAGCAACCUCAGGAGUUGAAGGAGCCACAGGAGCUACAGGAGCCAUAGGAGCUACAGGAGACACAGGAGCCACAGGAGUUGAAGGAGCCACAGGAGCUCCAGGAGCCACAGAAGUCAAAGGAGCUACAGGAGCCACGGCAGCUACAGGAGCCAAAGGAGAUACAGAAGCCACAGGAACCACAGGAGUUGAAGGAGCCACAGGAACAAGAGGAGCCACUGGAGCCAGAGGAGGUACAGGAGCUAAAGGAGCCUCAGGAGCCACAAUAGCUACAGGAGCUAGAGGAGCCACAGGAACCACAGGAGUUGAAGGAGGUACAGGAGCCACAGGAACCACUGGAGUUACAGGAGCUCCAGGAGCCACAGAAGACAAAGGAGCUACAGGAGCCAAGGCAGCUACAGGAGCAACAGGAGUUGGAGGAGCCACUGGAGCCAGAGGAGCUACAGAAGCUAAAGGAGCCACAGGGGCCUCAGGAGCUACAGGAGCCACAGUGACCACAGGAGUUCCAGGAGCUAGAGGAGCAACAGGAGCUACAGGAGUUGAAUGA